CCCCAGUCGCGUCACGGUGUUUUCGACUCCGCGUCCCGACGCUGAGGCCGUCAGCUCCAUUUUGUUGUGGGAGAGCGUCGCUCACAGCUGUUCGGUUCUUGGCGCCCACUCUACGAUCUUGUUUCGUCUUGGAACCUCCGGCCUGGACGAUGAGACAUUCAAAGAGAACUUACUGUCCUGACUGGGAAGAAAAACAUUGGGAUUGUGGAAAAUGGAGGAGCAGCAGCAGUGGUUGUAAAAGAAAAAGGAGCUCACAUAGCAGUGCCCAGGAGAACAAGCGCUGCAAAUAUAAUCACUCAAAAACUUCUGAUAGCUAUUAUUUGGAAAGCAGAUCUAUAAAUGAGAAAGACUAUCAUAGUCGACGUUACAUUGAUGAAUACAGAAAUGACUACAAUCAAGGAUGUGAAUAUGGACAUCACCAUAGAGACCAUGAAAGCAGAUAUCAGAACCAUAGUAGCAAAUCCUCUGGUAGAAGUGGCAGGAGUAGCUAUAAAAGACAAUACAGGAUUCACCAUAGUGCCUCUCAUCAUCGUUCACAUGGGAAGAGUCACCGAAGGAAAAGAUCCAGGAGUGUAGAGGAUGAUGAGGAGGGUCACCUGAUCUGUCAGAGUGGAGACGUACUAAGUGCAAGAUAUGAAAUUGUUGAUACUUUAGGUGAAGGAGCGUUUGGAAAAGUAGUGGAGUGCAUUGAUCAUAAAGCAGGCGGUAGACAUGUGGCAGUAAAAAUAGUUAAAAAUGUGGAUAGAUAUUGUGAAGCUGCUCGCUCAGAAAUACAAGUUUUGGAACAUUUAAAUACAACAGAUCCCAGCAGUACAUUCCGCUGUGUCCAGAUGUUGGAGUGGUUUGAGCAUCAUGGUCACAUUUGCAUUGUGUUUGAACUAUUAGGACUUAGUACCUAUGACUUCAUUAAGGAAAAUGGUUUUCUGCCAUUUCGUCUGGAUCAUAUCAGAAAGAUGGCAUAUCAGAUCUGCAAGUCUGUGAAUUUUUUACACAGUAAUAAGUUGACUCACACAGACUUAAAGCCUGAAAACAUCCUGUUUGUGCAGUCUGACUAUACAGAGGCAUAUAAUCCCAAAAUGAAACGUGAUGAACGGACCUUAAUAAAUCCAGAUAUUAAAGUUGUGGACUUUGGAAGUGCAACAUACGAUGAUGAACACCACAGUACUUUGGUAUCUACAAGACAUUAUAGGGCGCCUGAAGUUAUUUUAGCUCUAGGAUGGUCCCAACCUUGUGAUGUCUGGAGUAUAGGAUGUAUUCUUAUAGAAUACUACCUUGGAUUUACAGUAUUUCCAACACAUGAUAGUAAGGAACACUUAGCAAUGAUGGAAAGGAUUCUUGGACCAUUACCAAGACAUAUGAUACAGAAAACCAGGAAACGUAAAUAUUUCCAUCAUGAUCGAUUAGACUGGGAUGAGCACAGUUCUGCUGGCCGCUAUGUUUCAAGGCGCUGUAAACCCCUGAAGGAGUUUAUGCUUUCUCAGGAUGCUGAACAUGAGCUGCUUUUUGACCUCAUUGAGAAAAUGUUGGAAUAUGAUCCAUCUAGAAGGAUUACUUUGAAAGAAGCCUUGAAGCAUCCUUUCUUUCAUCCCCUGAAAAAAUGACAUAGAUAUAUAAUUUGCAGCUCUCAGAGAGAUCUUGUGUAUUGACUGUAUCAGUCUAAUUUUUAAAUACUAAGUUAUUUUGUAUAGAUUCCUCAGAUUUCUUAAAUUUUGUAUUGCCAUGUUUAUUUUGUUUGAGAAAUUUUGAUUUAAGUACAUAGCUAAUACUUUUCCAGUAAUUACUGUCUAAAUAAUGAUUUAUUCAGAAUCAACUUUGUGUUUAUGAAAUUUAUAUCAAUCCUUGGAUUUCAGUACUACCUUUUACCUUCAAAAAAUAAACAUCUCAAUUCAU